GGCACUGCUUAAGAGUACCGUAAGCCAAAAUAAAACGGUCAGAAUAACAAGAAAUCUCCCACUGUGCGGACGUGUGAGAGUCUUCUCGAGGAUAAGUCUUCUGAGAUAGUGUCGAUACCGUCAUUUGUGCAUCUGACGGAUCGUCGUGCCGUAGGAAUCAUAAUUUUAUUUGUAAUUUGAACGUGGAAGCGAAAGGUUCGCCCUCAUCGUCGUCGUCGUCGUCGGUCUCUCGUCUCGUUCGUGCAACUAACUCCGUGCUACCGUUACGCGCAACCCAAACCAGCUGCCGAUUUCCAAAAUGUUUUAACUGAAACAUUAAAUUCAAGGAACUCUCCCCGCAAUUUGGUGGGAAAUAGAAAUAAAAGUAGCAUAUCGCGUGUGCUCCGAUCGCGUUUAGUUCUGUUUUAAAUUUAACAAGAGAAUAUAUUUAAAUUCCAAACAUGGGUCUAUCGGAUAUACCAGCCAACUACAUGCAGGGCAGCCAUCCCCACCUGAGCCACCAGCAUCCAUCCCAGCAGCAUCACCUGCACCAGCAGCAGAAUCAUCACCAGCAUCAGCACCAGCACCAGCUCCACAAUGCGGCUACCACCACGCCCGCCCAACAGGCCGCCCAGGUGCUGGCAAUGGAGAGCAACGAGCUCCUCAUGGCCACCAAGGACAAGCUGUCGAGCAAAAAGAAGAUGCACUUGCUCAAGAAGAUCAAGAAGCGUUUUGGACUGGUUCGCCGCUCGCCUUCAUCCUGCCCUGGUCCCAACAACCUGCCACCGCUGCAAUUCCACAGCGUCCAUGGCGAUAAUAUCCGGAUAUCGCGGGACGGUACCCUGGCCCGUCGCUUCGAGAGCUUCUGUCGGGCCAUCACCUUCUCGGCGCGUCCAGUCCGCAUUAACGAGAGGAUCUGCGUUAAGUUUGCCGAGAUCUCGAACAACUGGAACGGCGGGAUCCGAUUCGGUUUCACCAGCAACGACCCGGCCACGCUGGAAGGCACCCUGCCCAAGUACGCCUGUCCCGAUCUAACGAAUCGGCCCGGCUUCUGGGCCAAGGCCCUGCACGAACAGUACUGCGAGAAGGACAACAUCCUGUACUACUAUGUGAACGGAGCCGGGGACGUGAUUUAUGGGAUCAACAAUGAGGAGAAGGGUGUGAUAUUGUCGGGCAUAGACACCAGGGGCCUCCUCUGGACAGUGAUCGACAUCUAUGGCAAUUGCACGGGCAUCGAGUUCCUGGACGCCCGCAUCUACAUGUACCAGCAGCAGCCGGCCGCCAUGCCACUGACCACACCACCCGCGCCCGCCCAACUCCAGCAGCAGCUCGCCCAGCCCGCUGUGAACGCCGCCUCAACUCUGAAUCCGCAUCACCCGCACCAGCAAUCUCGCCGCUCCCUGCCCGGUCACAGUGGCGCCAUCGAGCACGACCUGGAGCGCCAUGUGAUGCCAUCGCUGCAGUCGCUGCACUUGGCUGGCACUGCCAAUGGUACUGUUUCCAGCGUAGAACAGGCUGCCAUCGCCCACGACCUGGCCAAUGGACUGCCGCCGCUGCGCUACAAUGGCAACGGAAGACUGAUCCCGGUGCCGUUCCACAACACGAAGGGACGGAACGUGCGGCUCUCGCACGAUCGCUUUGUGGCCUCCCGCACGGAAUCGGACUUCUGCCAGGGAUACGUCUUCACGGCCCGACCCAUUCGCAUUGGCGAGAAACUCAUUGUGCAAGUCCUCAAGACCGAGCAGAUGUAUGUGGGUGCACUGGCUCUGGGCCUCACCUCCUGCAACCCGGCCAUGCUGCAGCCCAACGAUCUGCCCAAUGACUCCGACUUCCUGCUGGACCGUCCCGAGUACUGGGUGGUGAGCAAGGAUAUUGCGGCUGCUCCGCAGCGGGGGGAUGAGAUCGCCUUCUUUGUGGCUCCCAACGGGGAGGUGAGCAUCAGCAAGAACAACGGACCUGCGGUGGUGGUCAUGCACGUGGACCAGUCGCUCCAGCUGUGGGCCUUCCUGGACGUCUAUGGCUCCACUCAGUCCCUGCGCAUGUUCCGCCAGCAGCUGCCCAACAUGGUGGCGUAUCCGUCACAGCCGCAGGUGAAUGUGAAUGCCAGCAGCUCCUCGGCCUGCACCGCCUCCACGUCCCGCGUGCUUCCCAUGACCGAGUCGAUGAGCAGCCUGAAUGCCGGUGCCACCGCCAAGCUGUUGCACCAUCCUUCCCAGCUGAGCAUCACCCAGAGCACGAGCACCUUGGCCUCGGCCGGUGGCGCCAAUGGCAGCCGGAUGAUCAGCAUGCCGUCCAACGGAGACAUCCUCCAGAUUCAGCCGAAUGGCGGUGGCACCGUUCUGGUCGUCAAUCUGCCCCCAGCCAGCAGUUCCCAUGACAUCAACGGACAGCUCAACGCCCGGCCAACGGCCACGGUGAGCUCCAGCGGUAUUCUGGCCGGAGCCUGCUCCAGUGGCACUCUCAUUAGCACCACCAGCAGUCAGUACAUCGAGCCUGUGGCCAAUAGCACAAAUAACGCGUCCAACAAGUGGAAGGAUAGCCUGAGCGACCAGCAGAGCACGGAUUCAGGCGUCGAGUGCACCAUCUGCUACGAGAACCCCAUUGAUUCCGUGCUGUACAUGUGCGGACACAUGUGCAUGUGCUACAACUGCGCCAUCGAGCAGUGGCGGGGAGUGGGCGGCGGCCAGUGCCCGCUCUGCCGUGCGGUCAUCCGCGACGUAAUCCGUACCUACACCACGUAGGAUCUACGAAGAAGCAAGUGUUUCCUAGCCAAGCAACCUUUUACUCGCAACACACACCACACACUACACACAAGUUAUUGCAUUUUGAUAGAAAUCGAGCGCAAACUAAAUAUUUUAAAAGGAGAGAAACGAUGCGUUAUUUUUGAAGACUAAACUGAAUGGGAUAGUUUUAACAUAUAGUUUAGGAUAUCGAAUUAUCACAUAUUUAUGCUCUAUCAUUUACACCGUAUAUGUUUAAUUUUUUGUGAUCUUACGAGUAAGUGAGCCCGCGAGCCAAAACUACGAUAUAUGUACGAUGUUCUAACCGAUCGAUUUUCGAGAUUUUUUCGUUUUUUAAUUUUUUUUCAAACUCUUGAGACGCACGACGAUCGCUCGAUAUCGCGUGCUGGAUACUAUGUUACCAAAGUAUUGUGUAGGAACUAAAUGUAUUUUUGAAUUAGAAUUGACGAGUUGUUGCAAAUUUACCUAGUUUUUCUUUAUGUCAAAAUUCGAAAUUAAUUAAUUAUGCUAUACUUUAUUUGGCGAAUGAUCAUUUUGGUGCUAAAUGUUACGAAUUGCAAAAUACAAUUGUUAGCCGAUUUGAAAAGUUAUGUUUAAGCUUGCAGCAACUAUUGGACAACGAAGAGUUUCUAAAUUAAAUCUCUAUUAAUUUUCACAAAAAAACAAAUGUAGAGGAUAAAACCAGUUAAUGACUAGACUUUCCGGCAAGGAAACCCUUGAGUUUUUCACUCAAAUAGAAGCACAAAAAAGUUUGAAGAGAUUCAGAUUCAAAUCAGAAGAAUACUUAUGCACGAACACCAAAAUAGAAAACAAACAAAAAAUGUCAAAAGCGUGUUAAAACCUAGUGUUAGUUUAGUCCUAAGUACUUAAGUUAAUUUCUAGUCAACGAAUUAUGCUGAAGUUUAAUCUAGACCGGGACUUCAUCCAAAGCCCUUGCGAACUACGAACAAAAAAAUAAAACACCACAACACACAAAAAGACGUAUUAAGCACGCUAAGCAAUUUUAAUAAUGCCGCAUUUUAAAUUACACUUAAGUAGUGCACGUAUUUUAAUGCAGAUUUAAAUAUAUAUUUAAAAAAAAAAAAAACAAAAACAUAGAACAAAAGACUUGUAUGUUGUACCAACAGAUCGAACGUAAUAUGGUUAACGAAUGCCUACAUAAAUCAACCAUGCAGUUAGAAAAUUGCCAAUAAUUAAUUAACAAUACCAAGCAGAAAUAUAAAUGAAGCAAAAGAAUGCAGAUGAAAAACUUUACCUAAGAUUGUAUUAAAACAAACAAAAAAUGUAAUAACUAAAGAAGACAAAGAAUAUAAUGCGAAAUAAAGCGCAAGCUUACUAUUUUUGUUAUAAGUAUGAAUCCGGAAAGCCGGCCUUGGAGAGAUGUUAUUGCCACUAUUAAUAAUUAACUUUUAAUUUUUUUAAAAAUGUAUGAAGAACGUUCGUAGCGAUACGACACUGCGCCUAGUUAUGAAUAAACAUUUAAAUGUAUUUAUGAAAUUAUAUUUGAUAUAUGUAAGAAACCGCAAUGCUGUAAUACCAUUAAAUACUGACAACAAUAUCAGAA